CUUAUUUCUAUAGAUUUUUGAAUUAGUUUUUACAAAAUUUUUGGUCAAGGAUUAUUUACCCAAUUUGUUAAAUGCACAGGGUCAUUUGAACUAAUUCCCCCGUGCAGGAAGGGCUAAUCUAAAGAAGAAAAGGAGGAAAAUGAAAAGAAAGAAGGGUGAAAAUUGGGAGCAAGACUAGGAAAGGAUCGACCAAAGGAAAGAAAAGGAUUAGAAUUCGUAGGGCUAAGCUAAAGAAGACCCCUAAAAUCCCAAAUACAGUGAACAAAGCUUCACUUGCCUGAGUGUUGAAGUCGCUGUUACCUCUUUCGUGGGUCAUGAGGCACGAACAAGAAAAACUGCUCUGAUCAACCAGCUCUGGUUCAGUUUUAGUCAAAUAGCACGGUGGAAUGGAAACACAGGCCACUCGAGUUUCUUUUACCCUCUUACAAGAUUAAAUUUCUUUUAGCCAGCUUACACAAGGUUCAUUAGAUUUAUUAUAAUAUGGGGUGCAUUUUUAUUCACUUCUGAUUGGCAGUUAUUUCUAAAGGGAAUAUUUGAUGCAUUUAGGCUGAGACCCUUCCUGUAUCUUCCUAGUUGAAUUGUUGUAGUGUUCAUCAAGCGAAAAGAAGAGAGGCAGCGCAAUUUCUAAGCAUGAAAUCCCACUCACUAUGGGGCACAGCAAAGAACCCUGUCAAGUUCCGAAUACCAACUGCCGACAAUCUAGUACCAAUUAGACUGGACAUUGAAAUUGAUGGGCAGCGACUUAGAGAUGCUUUCCUCUGGAACCCAUCCGAUCCUGAUUCUGAAGUCGUUGUGUUUGCAAAAAGAAUGGUGAAGGACUUGAAGCUUCCUCCAGCCUUUGUCACACAGAUUGCUCAAUCCAUUCAAACUCAGUUAGGCGAUUUUCGAUCAUAUGAGGGGCAAGAUAUGUUUAUUGGCGAGAAGGUUGUUCCUAUCAAGCUUGAUCUCCGUGUUAACCAUAUUCUUAUUAAGGACCAUUUUCUCUGGGUAGGAAAGAUCAAGCUCUCUUUUGUUGACUAUUCUGCUGAGAAUUAUGAACUUCCAUAUUUGAUAAGAUAUACCUACGGAACUUUUCAGGAUUUAAACAACUUUGAGAGUGAUCCUGAAGAAUUUGCCAAAACCUUUUGCAAAGAUAUGGGCAUUGAAGAUCCUGAAGUUGGACCUGCUAUUGCAAUUGCCAUCAGAGAACAACUUUACGAGAUUGCUGUACAAAAUGUGACUUCAGCCCGUGAAAGCAGAAUAAACAAGAAAGGGCGUAGAGGAUUCGACCAUGUCCAGGCCAGCAAGACUGGUGGCAAUGCUGUGGAUUUAUUUAAGCUAUUUGGCAACAAGUCAAGUGUCGUACGGAAGAGGAAAGAGUGGGAUGUGUAUGAACCGAUUGUUGAUCUAUUGUCGAAUGAAGAAGUUGAUGCCCUUGAAGCAAAAGAAGAAAGGAAUGUUCGAUAAGCAGCUGGACUUUGUAUUCUGCGAGUUGUUCUUUUGAUAAUCUUUUCUGCAAGAGCACUUGUGUUGGUGUGAUGAGAAACUACUAUUGCAGUACAUGUUGAAUAGUUUAAAUCUUUCUUGCUUUCAUAGACUAAUCAACUUUGAAAAAUCUAUCCUUGUUUGUGUGAGGCUUUGUUCUAUAUUUUAUCCGUAUUCUUCUACCAUCUCUAUGGUAAAGCUGAUAAAGAUUGAAAAAAAUCUAUAUAUAAUUGAGAGCAUAUUAAAACCCGGAAACCAAAGUGAGUAUGGUUUGUGGAUUUUUGGGCAACUAUUUUC